GUUUAAUAAAUUAUGCAAAGGCAUUCGCAACAUCUAUGUGUGGUAUAACUUGGAAAUUUAUUUUGGCGAGUGCUGCCUAUCUAAUACGGCGAUAUUAUUUAAUUUUAUUAGAAAUGCAGACAGUAUUAUAUCUUCAGAAGAAUAUUUCUAAAACAAUGAAGAAGAAAUCAUAUCUCUUCAUCGGCCUAAUUGUAGUAACGGUCUUGACAAUCUGCCUCUACUUCUCAGCCACUUAUGGUGAUUUUGAAAUUCACAACAUGUUUCUGAAAAUGAUUCGUGAUAAAGAUUAUUUUGUAAAUGCAAUCGAUAGGGCAAAAACAUACAGAGAGAAAGGCGUAAAGACUAUUCUUUUAUGGAAUACGUUCUUUGGCGAUGAGAACUUUUAUUUCGGAAAAGGAGACAUUUUCCGCGAUUGUCCUUUCGAUAAGUGCAAAGUCUUUAACGAUCGGAACUAUUUGAAUGUGGAAGAUUAUGACGCGAUUCUUUUCCAUGGUAACGAAAUGAAUGACUAUGAAAUACCACAGAAGAGGAAGACGACGCAAUUUUACGUCUACGUUAAUUUGGAAAGUCCAGCCAAUCGAAAAGUGCAUCAAAAAUAUCAGAAAAGCUUUUUCAACUUCACAAUGACAUACCGUCUUGAUAGUGACAUACUCUGGGCUUAUAUUAUCAUAGAAGAUGUAAAAAGUGGCGAAUUCGUUGCACCUUCAAAGGAUGUUGAUUGGAGCGCUUUUCAAAAUCAUUUAAGGGAUGCGGUUGAAGUGCCAUCUGCGAUAUUGGACAUGAUCAGAGGUAAAAGCAAGCCAGUAUCUUGGUUGGUAAGCAACUGCUAUGCCAAAAGUGGCCGACUGGAAUAUGUGGAAGAACUGUCGAAACACAUAGACGUCGAUAUUUAUGGCAGGUGCGGCGAAUUUAACUGUGACCAGUACUGCUUUAGAGAUGUAAUCGAGGCCGACUACUUCUUCUACUUAUCUUUCGAGAAUUCUUUCUGCGACGAUUACGUGACGGAGAAGCUGAUGAAUCCACUCAGGUAUAAUGUCGUCCCGGUGGUUUACGGAAGCGCCAACUAUAGUCAGUUCGCACCACCGAAUUCCUACGUAAAUGCUUUAGACUUCGAGAGUCCGAAGGAGCUUGCCGCGUACUUGAAAUAUCUCUCUCAGGAUCUACAGCGAUAUCAAAGCUUCUUACAAUGGAAGAAAUAUUAUCAAGUCAAAGGAGGGACAAAGCGGGCCGUUUGUACCCUUUGCGAAGUGCUGCAUAAGCAGAAAAUGCCGAAACUGUAUACGGAUUUAUCCGAUUGGUGAACGAUGCAGCUUCGACGUUUGACUUAUAUACCUACAUCACUGAUAGGUCAUUAGGCUGAGGAUAUGUAGUACAUCGAUAUAUCCACUAUUUGCUUGAUUAGUUAAGAUCAAAGCGGCCAAGCUUCAUCGCCCUAACACUACUAUACUCCGAGAGUUCGAUGAAAAGACAGAUAUGUGAUUUACUGAUUGCUUCACAUCCGUAGAGGAAAUCAGCUUUUGAAAAUUAUUAAAAAUUC